CUCAGAUUGGAUCCUCUAAAAAAAUACUCACAAGGCUUCCUCUGGAUGCUGUGCGUUCCUUUGAUCUUCUUUCUCUAUGAAAUCAUCUCCCUCUCCGUGUUUUUAUUUACAUUGGUGGGUUCCGAUUCCAGGUACACUUAUGGGAAACCUGUGCCUGGCCUGGUGAAACUGACCCUCUGCCGGCAUCCCCAACUAAUGCCUUACGAAUGUAAUAGUGGUAAAAGUUUGUGUAAAGAAUUUGACGGCAAGACAGACGGGAACGGCUGUUUCUCCAAGAUGGUGAAUAUUGAGGAGCUCCACCUGUUGUUGCUCGGUUUUUCGAUGGACAUCGCCGUCGAAGGCAAAAUCACAGAGGAAGGGACAGGAGUGGAGGCGAAUGCCACAGAAUACGUUGGGAUCACGUCCAUGUUGAGCAAAAUUAUCUUUGAAAACACAGACUAUUACUAUAAACCCGGCAUUCCCUACAUCGUGAAGGUGAAGCUGGUAGACGGCAACGAUGUGCCGAUCCGCAAUGAAACAGUGCAGAUUUUUAUAUUGUCAACAGCCCAGCUGCUCAAUCAGCUGACGGAUACUGAGGGGAGAGCUCAAUUUUCCAUAAAAACCACUGAUCCCACACUUGGAAUAUUGAAUCUUAAGAAGCCAAAGGGGACUUCGUUUUAAGUCUCUUGGUUGAUGUCGACAGUGCUCCCAAGAUCUCCUUGCUGAUCUACACCAUUUUGUCCAGUGGAGAACUCGUUGCUGACUCGAGAGACUUCACCGUAGAAAAGUGCUUCUCCAACAAGGCCAAACUGUGGUUCUCUGAUCAAGAAGGUCUCCCCGGACAGAAAGCCCAACUCCAUCUUUCAGCUUUCCCUGGUUCCCUCUGUGCCAUCCAUGCCGUUGACCAGAGUGUCUUUCUCUUGAAACCUGAAGCUGAGCUCUCCCCUGAGAAGGUUUACAGCUUCCUUCCCAAAAAAGAUCUCAUCUUCUCUUCUUCCGUCUUUUUUGAUGAAAUCAAUUUUCAUUCCUGUCGUACACAACAACAAUUCAGAGCUGGAAACAUUGGCGCCUUCGGAGUGCAAUUUUUCCCUGGAGAUAGGGAUUCUUACACCAUAUUCAGGGACUUCGGCUUGAACAUUUUUACCAACACCAGGAUACGUGUCCCGGAAUACUGCCCUGACCAUGAGGUGUCACCGCCAAUCAGCUCUGGCAUCGGACACAUACCUGGAGUUGCUCAAGGUUUCUUUAACCCAGGAAGUGCCUCUGUGCCAUUCCAUGGAGGUGGUAUUGUUGGUGGUGUUCUUUCAGGGCUUCCCAUUCCCACUCAGGUUCAGGCUGCCCCUAAAAGGACACCUCGGCGCUUCUUUCCUGAAACGUGGAUAUGGGACCUGGUUAUUAUAAAUGGUUCUCAAGGAAAUAGCCAUUUUCAAGUCCAUAGUUCUAGUAGAAAGAGUGAUGUAUCUGAAGAAUCCGAAGAGAUUGCUGUUCCUGUGACCAUCCCGGACACCAUCACCGAAUGGAAAGCUGGAGCUUUCUGUCUUUCAGCAGACGUAGGCUUUGGCCUGGCCCAGCCCACUUCUCUAAAGGCCUUCCAGCCGUUCUUCAUUGAACUCACCUUGCCGUACUCUGUGGUGCGAGGAGAAGCCUUCCCACUCAAAGCUACCGUCUUCUCCUACCUGACUUACUGCAUCCGGGUCAAAAUAUCUCUGACUCCUUCUGAUGACUUUGAGGCAUUUCCGAUGGAGAAGAUGGAGGAUUCCUAUUGUAUCUGUGCAAACGGAAGACAAACGGUGUCAUGGUUGAUGACCCCUAAAAUUCUAGGGGAGAUACACCUCAAAGCAAGUGCAGAGGCCGUGACCUCAGAUCAGCUCUGUGGAAAUGAAGUAGUGGAGGUGCCCAACGUUGGAACCAAAGACACCGUGAUCAAGUCAUUAUUAGUUGAGCCUGAGGGAAUCGAGAAAGAAGUGGUGUUCAACUCUCUUCUCUGUGCACCAGGAGAACCCGAGUCCAAAUCUUUUCCUCUGACGUUACCGGAGAAUGUUGUAGAAGGCUCAGCCAAGGCCUCCUUUUGUGUGCUGGGAGACAUUUUAGGAGGAGCGAUAAAGAAUCUCAAUCAGCUUCUCAAGAUGCCCUACGGCUGUGGGGAGCAGAACAUGGCCCUCUUUGCCCCCAAUAUCUACAUCCUGAAAUAUCUCAAUAACACUGGACAACUGACGGAGGAGAUCAAAGCCCAGGCCAUCGGAUAUAUACAGACUGGUGAGAAGCAUCCCACGGGAAUUCUCCUCUCAUUCUUUCCCUACUGCAGUUGGGAACUUUCAAAGGCUCAAUUGAUAGAUCAGUCACUGGUAUUGACAGUCUCAAUCAUUAGUAAUAUAGAGAACCAGUUUGGUGUACGCUGACCUGGAAACCAGGAGAUUGUGAGUUCUAGUACUUCCUGAGCACAAAAAAAUGACUGA